UGCUUCCUCCUCCGACCCCUCCUGUUACCACAGCAGGCAUCAGAAGCAUUAGGAACACAAAAGCACUGCCUGUAUAUGCUUGAAUGAAGAGGACCGUACCCAUGAACGUCAAGCAUCUUUUGGCCUUGACUGCAGUGAUGGUGAUGAGCAUGUGGGGAGUCACUUGUAGCAGCAAAGAAAUGAAGAGCCCUGAAGAGUGGAAUGUGAGACUUGAGGGGACUGGCUCCAGAUGUUCUGGGUGGCUGAAGAUGCUUCAUGAAGGCAAAUGGAAGAGAAUUUCUAGCCUACAUUGGUCACCGCAGAGUACAGAACUUGCCUGUCAACAACUUCACUGUGGCAUCCCCUUUGGAACCCUGAAACCAUUUUCUAAAGAACCAGAAAAACAAGAAGUUUGCCUGGAGUGCCAAGCCAACUCAACCUUCAAGAACUGCAUAUGGACCGAAUCCAACUGCACUCAGGGUGUGGCCCUGGUUUGCCAAGAUCCUAUACAAAUGUCCACUGUACAACCAGAAUCAACUACAACAACACUCAUGACUACUUCAAAGCCCACUGAUGCUCCAGUAAUAAGGCUAGAAGAUGGAACUGCAUUGUGCUCUGGGGCUGUGGAGCUGAACUUUGGAAGCCUACAGGGAUUAUGGAAGGAGCUGGCACCCAGGGUCUGCCAAGGAGAAGGCUGUGAAGAUGCAACAGAACCCAAGGACCUAGACAACAACAAGCCCUUGCGUGCCCACUGGGAGAAAAUGCAGUGCGAGAGGAAGAACCUUAGCUUGGACUGUUUGGAGAGGACUAAGGCAUGUUUCACCUUGGUGAAAUGCUCAGGCCAAGAUUUCAAGAACAAAGCUUCUAGUACAGAAAUCACCCUGGGAAUUCUGCUGGGUCUUGUCCUCACUACAUUCCUUCUGAUUAACUGCGUGCCCCCUAUCUAUAAGAAAAUAAUGAAGAAAUAUUUCAAGAAGAGGCAACAUCAAUGGAUUGGUCCAAAUGCAGUAAACCAAAAUGUUUCAUUUCAUCGCAACAGCUCUGCUAGCUUCCACCCACAUCAAGGCCAGAUUGUUCAGGAAGAAGACAACAGAACCUCGAAGAAAACUUAUCUCUCACCCUACGCAGGUAACAUGUAAUAGCUCUAGAAGGGGCAACAAUCAGAAUUUCCAACCCUCUGGACAACUCCUCUGACAGCGAUUACGACUUAUCUUCUGCACAGCAGCUAUAAUAUGACAGGUAUGGAUAUCUGAUCCUCAUAUCCCAUGAAUGGAUGUCCUUAGGACUGAAUAGUAAACCACAAGGUGAGGUAAUGUUUAUACUGUAAAUGUAAACCUGGUUUGGGUCAGAAGAAAAUGUCAGGGCAUGUUUAUGCCAUAAUAUAAACCAGUUAUGAGUGGAAAGCCAUGAAAAAUCAAGAUCUUUGAAAGUACUGGCAUAUGUAUUGUUGAAUAGUCCUUAGAAUUAACCCUUGUUGUGGGCAAAAACUGUCUAUUUGAUGGUAAAUAAACCUCUACAUUGCAUCAGCAUUACAGCUUCUGAAAUUUCUGCCGCUAUGAAUUUAAUAGAGUUCAUUUUUUCUUCAACAGGAACGAGGUGAAUGUAGUAAAAAGGGGGGGAAAUGAAUUAGCCAAUCAAAAAUCCUGUUUUAUCACUAGUAUGAAACAUCACAUGGAACAUUCAAGAAAUAAUUAAUCUCUGGCUCUGCAUUCACAGGGAUGUGAUGGCAAUAGCAGUGCACUUCUUUUUCCUACAAUUGGGAAGAAGAGGGAUCUCAACUCUCAGUCAUUGUUUAUUGCUACUCUCUAAAUAUAAAUCACAAGUGCUGAAAUUCUUCUAUUUUAUCUGACAUAGUAGCAGACAACUACAUUUCCCAAUGGCAAUAAUUUACAUAAUUAUAAAUGCUGCCUAGUGAAUUACCAGAAGGUCCUAAUUUGGGUACACUAAAAUUAAAUUACAAUUAAAAUACGUGCAUGGGUUUUUACAGGUAGUAUUGUGCACUAAUGAUCCAAGUAGCUCGAUCAGGAAGGAAUGAAAAUUGUCACAAUUUGGAAAUGCUAUUAUGGGAAAUCAAUUCAGAUCAUGAAAAGGAGGAAGGAAUAUGGGUUAAUGGAGCAGCACUUUUUAAGAUUGUCUGAUUUUGAUGUUCACAUGAGGUUUUUUGGAUUGAAUUCCUUAUCUUCAGCGAUAGUACUGACUAUGCCUGUGCCCAAUAUCCUUUUGUACAAAGUACUGUUUAUUGGUACAUUAUAGAUCUACUGUCAUACAGGGGGGUUUAAUAUAACUGUUAGAUCUAAUUAACAAUACUAAAAUAAGGGGAAGAAAAUCCAUGCAUACAAUGUGAAAUGAACUUUAUGUAGUUUGUAUAAAAGUAUACAAAAGGGUGAUAAGGUAUGAGAUAGUCUGAAGUCUCAAAGCUUUAUGUUGUACUGCUUAUGUAUAGCUGUUUGUUUGUUUUUUUACCUCUCACUUUGGCCAGCAUUAUGCCGCUGCAUACAUUUCAGAGAUAAACAAUUUAACUGUGAUCCAGCCGAUUACCUUGUUGCUUGCAUUUGCAUAAACAGAGAGACAUUUCUUUGGUAAGCUGAUGGAUUCUGAACUUAUUUUCCACACUCCAACCAGAAAAAUUCAACAGUUGGAGGUCUGAUUGUUGUUCUGAGGGUUGGAUUUAAUGGCACAAAAGCCAUUUCAUAUUUGUACAUUGCAAUUUCUAAUUUCUUUGCGAGACAUUGGAAAAGUGCCCAAUUGGAAAAGUGUAUGCAUAAAUGCACAUUCCUGGACAGAGAACUUCUGGACAGAGAACUUUUUAAAUGUUAACUUCAGAGGAUAUGGCUUCUAAGUGGAGGGUCAAUACUUUGAAGUAGAUAACGGUUUUUGGCUACUACUACAGCGGCCUGUGAUUCUGUCUCAAUUGAAGCUUAAUAGGUGAUGUUGAGACAUUUACUAAUCUUUCAAUCUAACUACCUGGAAGGGUUGUUAGGAAGAAAACAGUGGAAACCACGCAGGUCAACCUAGUCAUUUUUUAAAUGUAAUGGAUGAAUUAUUUUGCAAGGUGUGUCUAGAAUAAAAAGACUUGCAACAGUU